UGUGCUGCCAGGAAUGCCAGACGUCCCCCCUUCCCCCCCCUCAGGGAUCCACGAGGAAUACCAGCUGCCGUACUACGACCUGGUGCCCUCCGACCCCUCCAUCGAGGAGAUGCGGAAGGUGGUGUGCGACCAGAAGCUGCGGCCGAACAUCCCCAACUGGUGGCAGAGCUACGAGGCGCUGCGGGUGAUGGGGAAGAUGAUGAGGGAAUGUUGGUACGCCAACGGAGCGGCUCGCCUCACCGCCCUGCGCAUUAAGAAAACCCUCUCGCAGCUCAGCGUCCAGGAAGACGUGAAAAUCUAAGUGCUGAGCAGGAGGAAACUGCGGCGAGCUGCCAUGCUAGAGUAGGUGUGUGAUGGAGGCCUACCUCGUGUUUCUGCCCAAUCUACUGCUACCGACCAGGCGGCGCGACUGCGGGCUGCUGGCUGGGGGGACGGAGCCGCUCCGUGCUCUGCUCCCUCCUCUCGGGUACGAAACAAUCAGAAACCUUUGAACGAUCACCUCCUGCCAGCGUGAGGAGCUGAGAGGGACUCUGGAGGGUCUCAGCCACGCUCAACGUCUCUCGUUUCCUGAUGGGAAUCCCUGGAAUGUUGAGGCUGCGCUGGAGGCCGAGCGCCGGCAGCGGCGAAGGGAGGUUUUCCAGGAGACCGCGGCACAUCCGCGCCGACGCAGCGCUGCAGAAACCAAUGGUGCUCCCAAACGAUCCGUCCGUCAGCUUCACCGGACCGUCUCCCUCCUUAAGCUCGAAACAAAGACGACGAAAAGACCCCCCCAACCCCCCCUCCA